UAGACUGAAGUAUCUUCAGUUGUUGUCCUUCACACUGAGGUGCAUGGGAUGAAGGGAGCCUGAUGCCCACCUGGAGAAGAGACCUCAGCCCCGCGGAGCUGCCCACCAUGAGCAGGGCGCUGCUGGCAGGCAGGAUGCAGCCGGAGAGCCGGAGCGUCUGCGUCUUCCUGCCCACCCGGGAGCAGCUCAGCCUGGUCGUCGGGGUCAAAGCCACUGGACAGGAGCUCUUUCAGCAAGUUUGUGAUUUAGUGAAGAUUAAAGAGCCUCACUUCUUUGGCCUCAGCAUUGUUAAAAAUAACGAGUAUGUCUUUAUAGACCUGGAGCAGAAGCUUAGCAAAUACUUUUCAAAGGAAUGGAAGAAAGAGACAACCAAAGGAACAGAGAAAUUCACCCCUCCUUUUGUUGCAUUCUUUAGAGUACAAUACUAUGUAGAAAAUGGAAGAGUAAUAAGUGAUAAGGUGGCACGGCAGCUCUACUACUGCCAUCUCAAAGAGCAAGUACUUAUGUCUCGGUGCAACCACAAAGAAGAAGUCUACUUCUUGCUGGCUGCCUACAGCUUACAGGCAGACUUGGGCAAUUACAGGGAGAAGGUCCAUACUGGCAGAUAUUUUGAACCUCAGGCUUAUUUCCCGCAAUGGAUAAUUGCAAAGAGGGGGAGCGACUACAUCUUGAAACAUGCCCCAGAGAUGCACCAAGAACAGCAAGGGUUGAGUGCUAAGGAAGCAGUGCUGAAGUUCAUUAAGGAGUCCUGCCUGCUGGAGGAUGUGCCCGUCCACUUCUACAGGCUGCAGAAGGAUAAGAAAGAGGAUCGCCCGACAGUUAUCCUGGGCCUGACCCUGAGAGGAAUGCACAUCUAUCAGGAGGUGAAUCACGUUCGCCAGCUCCUCUACGACUUUCCCUGGUCGCACAUUGGGAAGCUGGCGUUUCUGGGGAAAAAAUUUGAGAUUCAGCCAGAUGGUUUGCCUUCCGCACGGAAACUGGUUUACUACACGGGUUGCCCCUUCAGGUCACGGCACUUGCUGCAGCUCCUCAGCAACAGUCACCGGCUUUUUCUGAAUAUCCAGCCAGUGUUGAAGCAGAUCCAAAAACUGGAGGAGGCUGAAGAGAAGAAGCGCUACCGGGAGUCCUAUAUCAGUGACACGCUAGACAUGGACCUGGACCCGUGCGAUAAGAACUCACGGGGCAGUGGGAGCAGCGGGGGCAGCCGGAGGGAUAACCGUCUCUCACGCCAGUCCACGGGGAGUCACGGCAGCUCUCACACAUCAGGCAUCGAGGCUGACUCCAGGCACCGGGUGUCAGUGGAAAUGUCAGUGGAUGAGCCCUUCAGCAUUGACCGGGUGCAUAGGAAAGAGAAAUCCUGCAGCUCAACUAUCAGCUACGGUAGCUCUGGCAUUGACAGUGGCAGCAAAGAGCGGGCUGAAGACGACUCUCAGGAUGAUGAGCUUGAGCUGGCAGUAGAUGAGCCAGAGGAGGUGCCUGUAGAUGAGCCUUUAGCUGGAGACCAGUUAGAGGAGGCCACUGUGGGAGAAUCUGUUGAAUCUCUUCCUCUAGAUGCUGCUAGCUGCCAAGCUAUAAAUCAGGAAUCACUGUCUGUGGUGCAAGUCACGCUAAUAAAAAUGAGAGGCCAAAGUGUGGAAUCCCUUCACCAGGUCAGAUCGCCCAAAAGCAGGAGCUGCACAGAGAAGCACAGCCAGAGUUUGGAUGACAUCCGCCUUUACAAGCGCCGGCACCCACCACUAAGUGCGACGCUCUCUUCAGACACGUCCCACAGCUACACAUUUGGCUGCAGCCUGGAGGAUAAGCUAUCUAUCUAUGGCUGCAUUUAUUCCACAGCGGACUGCAAAACCAAGUCUGCCCUUUAUGGGAAGCGAUCCAUGAACUGCCUCUCCUUGGAUCUUCUGGGAGAGGACCAGCUCCCAGAGGAGUUUGUGGUGUAAUGAGAUUGGAGCUCUUCCAUGCCAGGAAACAGCUCAUCAUGGAAAUAUAUACCUCAUUAACACAUGUGAUGUCACUCUGGUUCUUGCAGGAGAUUAUGAGCAGCUUUGUUAUUCAGCUUCAUAAUAAGUAAGUGGCAUCACUUCUGCAGACCAGACUACAGGGCAAAUCAACUGGAGUGUAGCACUUAAAGUUGGCAUUUGAAGUGUCUGAGCAGAAAAUGAAAGUGGCCUGCACCAUUAGCAGUGACACAACCAAUGUAAAAACCAAAAGCAGUGGACCAAAAUUGAUGCUGAGCUAGUAAAGCAAACACUGUGACUAAAUAGAUUUGUCAGAAACAAAUUUGAAGUCUGUGUCAGUUUAUCUUCCUGCCUUUCUCUUGUGGUCCAUUUAUGUUAAUGCUAGUGUACAGAUAGUUUGCUUCUCUUGAGUUUGUGCUGCUGCAACACUGCCAACAGCUGUCAGGCCAGGAUGUACUCUAAGCACAUUUAGAGGGCUGUGUGUGGAAAUGUCUAGCCUGUUCCUGUUGUAAUGAACACAAGUUGCCUGUUUCCUUUACUAGGAGCAAGACCUGCUCUGCCAGGAGUUUUUAUCUUCUUUUUUUGGUGUGUUAUUUUUUGUAAGUAUCCAGCCAAAUAGAAUGUGCGUUCUUUAUUUAUUUAACGCAACAAACAGAACUUUCUCUCAGCUGUCUACUACUUCCAUGAUGCAGAUUGGUAAAUAAAUGCUUAUAUCCUUGGGGAGAUGGGAGAGGGGAUAAAACUAAUGACUUGUCUGCUGCUGAGAGUACAGAAGACAAGAGUGUUAAUUGACUGGCUCUUGAAGGCAGGAGUGUGACUGGAGAAUGUGUCCAGGCAUGAUCACCCCUUUUGAAUCAUACUUUUAUGUUGUGCUUUUCUUUGUUUUUAAUAAAUCUGUUCCUUUAGAAAUUUUUCCUCUGCUUAGGAGGCAAGUAUGGUCUGGACAAAGUCGCUUUGGAAGGACAGACAGAGUGACUGUCCAACUUAGUCAUGGACAGGUCAUGCAAAUGUGUGUGGUGCUGCAGGGCUGGUGAUGGUGGAAGUGUAGGGUAUUCUGUGUGCCAAACCAAGGGUACUUGUUUGGUGAAUUUGAGAGGUGGAACUGUGCUGGCUCUUGCUAGGAAAAUAACGAUAAUUAUACUGUUUGAUUCAAGCAUUUGGUGUGGAAAACAUCCUGCUACCUUGUUACAUCUAAAUAAAUGUGCGUUUGAUUUCCUUCCCUGUCUUCCCCCAGUACCUCCUCCCCAUAUCAAUUCCCAGCGUUUGGGAAGCUCGUACUAACAGGCACGUGUAACCUAUGCCAUGUGCCCAGCUUUUGACAGUCUUGCAGGUGGAAGCUAAUAAUUUUUUGGCAAACUGUGGAAGCAGACUGACGCUGUUCUGCUGGUUGAGGAAGUGUGUGUUGUGCAGUGUUGAUCACUCAAAAGCUUAAGAUAGCCAAAUUCAGGAAAGGAAGCAAGCCAGACCAUGAGGAGGGUUUGAGCUGCUGCUUUGACGGUGGGCUUGCAGGCUUUGUAGUUGUCUGGUAAACUGCGUUCCCAUAAACUGUUAAAAUAGCAAAUCUGUGAAGUCUCUCAUCUCAUUAUUUCUAUGCAGGUGAGCGUGCUGUUGCUGCACCUG